UGUAGGAGGACGUUUAAAUACAAUAAUGAUCCCAGAAGAUUUGAUUGCUGUGAACACAACAGAAACUAUCUAUGGUCCAACAGUCUUCCUUGCUCCUAUACACGUGGAAGGAAACCUCUUUGUGAGGGGAAAAAUUGACAAAACUGAUCUCGACUUCCUGCUGGAGAACAGAGUUACUCUCUCUGGUAACGAAGAAAUUUAUGCUGAUUUCACCUUCAAAAGCCAAGUACACUUGAAUAAUCUUGAAGUUGAGAAGAUAAAUGAUGUAUUAGUUUCCAGUAUUGUGACAAAGACAGGAAAUCACAUAAUCAAAGGCUUCAAGACAUUUUCUGAAGACUUGAAUAUUGGUGGGAGUCUAGAAGUUCGGAGACUUAAUGGAAUAGAUUUGCAAUACCUUAAUGAACAUGUUGUAAGACACAACCGUAGAGAAGUUAUUACUGACUUUACAGUUUUCCAUGCACCACUAGAAGUGACUACAUCUAUUGAAGUGGCAGAAACUGUUAAUGAAUUGGAUAUCAGUGAACUGGCAGAAUUUUUCUUUUAUGAGAGUGACAGAUUAAACCAAGAACUACUUGGUAUGGAAGAAAUUGAAAGUGAACAACACAGAGCACUAAAAUACCAGUUUGAUGCUCAUAAAUAUCAAAUCUCUGAGUUGGCAUACUUUGAAUUGGUUCAAGAAAUUGAUAUGGCAUCCACCAAGUUCUUUUCAAUCCCAAUGUACACUUACUAUAGGAAUGUAUACGAUAUAUUUCCCAUACAUUCACUACUUGCUUGGAGAACAGAGCGCACAAACUGUGACUUUUCCGAGGAUUACUGCUGUGAGGUCUCGACUACCUUCAUGUUUAAUGUUGCUGCUAAUGGAACACUCUCCUUAAGCAGUGGUCCAAUAGAAAAAAGAAUUUUCCCUUUUAUUUUCCAUAGCUCUGUAUCCAAUCUUGAAUACACCUUAUGGACAAACACCACUAGUAGCAGGAAACGUUGCCAUUACGAAGGUAUGGAAGAAACUCUCGUUACAUCUGUCUAUGGAGAUUAUUGGGAACCUGAUCAAGAAGGUUCCUUAAGAAUAAGAAAUUCCCCUUACGUUUCUGAUGCCAAGAUCUUCAAAGUGGAUGAUUUGGUAUACCUAGCAGUGGCAUUUUCAUAUGACAAGAAAACAAAUAAAUCUGGUAAUACUAUAAUCUACAAACAUGACCAUCUCUUCAAUAAGUGGUCCACCCAUCAGGUACUACCUACCUACUAUUCUGUGGCCCUGGAUCUAGUAAUAGUGAGAGAUUAUGAAAAACCAGUCAUUUUGCUUGCUGUUGCUAACAGAUUAGCUCCAGAAGGACUAUCGGGAAGCUCUACUGUUUACUCAUGGAGUUACAACACGCACAAGUUUGAGUUACAGAAGGAAAUGCUGACAUCCCUCCCAAGUUCAGUUCUUUGGGUUGAUACAGGAGACUACUUGUUUGUACUAUUUGCCAAUGAAAGGACCAUGCUCCAUCAAAAUUACAACUGGAAUAAUUUGUACCUGGAACCUGUUAAUGUGUAUCUUUAUCAUAACCACAACUUUGAGUGGGUCCAGAGUGUUAAUGUUAGAGGUGUUCACUCUUUGUCUACAUUCAGAUUAACAGGUGAAACGUAUGUAAUGGCAGCUAGCACCCAUCUUCAACUUGUAUAUCUCCUUCAGUGGAGUGGAUUUGCAGGCUUUAAAGUAAUACAAGAAAUCCCAGCACCCGGUGUGGAACAUAUCCAUGUUUAUUGGUCAACUAACGAAGACCUGAUGAUUGCUGUUGCAUCUUCCACUGGGCAUACUAAGAUUCUAAAGGCAGUAAUUCGUGGUACAGCUGUAACUCCAAUAGAAGGCCAUCCAAGAUACAUGGCACGAGAGUACUUCACUAAUGUUUCUUAUUUUAAUAACUUAUUGCUGAAACCUUAAUAUAUUAAGAACUAACCUUGCUUGGACUUUUGCAUCAUAAGAUAAACAAUGCUUAUCCCACAAGCAA